CAACUUUCCCUUUGCUACAAGGCAGAGAGCAGUGUGUGAGUGUGUGUGUGAGCGAGAGGGAGCGUGUGUGAGUUUGGGGGUGCAGGGACGGGAGCCUGGGACCCCAACCAAUCCCUAGCAACGGAGAAUAAGCCCUUGGCCCCCCCCCCCCCACAACAGAUUUAAAGUGAAACUUUACAAAUUUCUGCAAGAUUUUGGCUCAGCUUUGCCUUUAACAGGAGCUUUUUUUUUUUUAUUUUUAUUAUUUUGAUUUUCUUCGAUUUGCCUAAAACUCCUGAAAUUCUGUCAUUCGGCCCCAUUUUCCAACCCGAGUCUGUGUGCGAGUGUGAGUGUGAGUGUGCGCGUGUGUUGGUGCAAAUGCCUGUUUAACCCUUUCACUGCCGGUGGGAUUUAUACAAUGCUGAAGGUUCUGACCAAGAAGCUGAAGAACCAGAGCCUGAGCGAGAUCCAGCCCUACCAGCGAAAGAUCCCAUAUUCCCCCAGUGAUGAGGACGACAGUGAUGAUUCUGAAGGUGAAAAUCAGGAACUCGCUCAGAUAGACAAAGGAAUCGGCCGAGCAGCACACACAUACACAGAUGUAUUGGGGUGCGAUCGAUUGCCCCGAUCUGACGAUGCUGUUUGUGUGUUCCCAUCAGAGAGAAGACGCAGUUGUAUCCUGACCCCAUUGGCCACAAACCAGCUGCAGAACCAGGAGAACCAGUGCUGUAAGGUGCGGGCGUUAUUCCCGGGACUGGACCGGCACAGCUCGGAGGAGGAGCUGGAGCGGAUCAGCAGGGAAUUUGCCGCAGAGAAACGCAAGUGGUCCCAGGUGAGCAGGCUGAGCUGCCAUACGGACAACACGUCGUCCAGCGACGAGGAGGUGAAGCACCUGUGCGGGGUGGCCUUCCGGCCGGGGGAGCAGGCCGACUCCCUGCGGGGCACCUCCAGCCCGGUCCUGUUCAGCGCCUCCCCGCCCAAGAGACUGCAGCCCCCCGCCCGGAACCCGGCCCCUCGCCCCCUCAUAUUCACCAGCCUGGGCUCCGGGUUUGAGCAGGCGAUGCCGUGCAAAAGGCACAGACAGGGCUGCGGAGACAAGAUCGGCCGACCCAGCCUGGACUUGGAAAAGAUGCAACAGAAAAUGCUGUUGAAGAGGAACUGCAACUCAAAGAGCAGAGUUAUAAAGAUACGGAGUAUCGGCGGUGGCCGUCAGCCUCCACAUUACGUCUACGACCCGGCUAUGUUCGCUUUCCGCUCCCUCAGCACCGUGAAGCCCAUCAGCCCAUUAGUCCCCAUUGAAGAACCAUCACGUGCCUACUAACGACGAAUGACGUUCUAAACUCAGGACCGUAACAGACUGACCUGUCCGCCUUCAGCACAAAAAGAAAAAAAACAGCAACAAAAAAAACAAAACCUGCCGCUAUGAAGCAAUAAGGACUUUUCUGCAGACUCUUUUUUUUCUGUGUUUUUAUCCCAAUACCAGCACUUGGUAUUUUGCUAAGAGAAAAAGGAAAUAGUUCAUGUAGAACCAAGAACGUGCAUGCUUUUUUUAUUGAUGCCAAGGAAGCAGAAGAAGAAGGAGGAACGAGGGGAUUCAGGUAGAAGAACAGAGGUCUCCUUAGGUAGAGCUUGGAAGAGGUUCUCCAUCAUAUUGUAGUGGGAGGACAUAUUUUAGACCUAGUUCUACUUAGUUGGAGUAUAUAUUUUUUCAACAACCAACUGAGAUCAACAACGUAAUGAAAACAUAUAUUUGAUGGUUCUCCUUGUUUGUAAGAUGAGGGUCCACUUUUGAAGUAAGUGUUGGAAACUAAAGAGAGAUGUAUUUUUGAAGUUGUGGCUUCAGAGCAGGUCAAUGUGCCUGGAGAUGAUCCAUAUGCUCCAGAUGUACAGUGGCCAAUGACUGGGUGACAUUUUAUUGUAAGUGUUAUGAGUAGCUGCUUCUCCUCAGAGUUACUAAGUACUCCUAAAUUGGAGAAACACUUUAUUCUGACACUUAGAAUAACACCAUGCUUAGUAAAACUUAUGAUGCUCAGAUAGAUCAAUGGGAAGGGAUGUUGACUUUCCAUUCUGGGGUUCUAGAUCCCCAGUUCCUCCAUGUGCCUUUUUAGAAACAUCUUUCCGUUUUUUCAAGAGGAGUGUUCUAGACCAUGCUAGAACUCGUUCCCUCUUUGUAAGAGUCUAGUCAAAAGAAAGACAUCUACCAUGAUGCAAUAAACUUGGCCUAGAACAGAUGGAAAUACCCAAAUUAUUAUUACUUAGAUUUUUCCCAAAAAGUAUUAAUUAUUCUGUCUUGAGGUAAGAUUGGAUAUGACAUUUCUGCUUAUUCAGCAACUUGUAGGUGUCGCCCUAUGAUAUCUGCUUUGGAUUCUUAGCUGAUUAGUAGCCUCAUGAAGGCCUCGUGGUCCGUCAACCAUGGACUAGACUAGACUGCUGACUAGAAAGCCAAGCAACACGUGUUGAAGCAAGAGAGAGAUAAGUAUUGUAGCACGGGAGGUGUUUCUAUAGUGUAGAUUGGGAAUAGGGGGUUAUCUACAUACACAAACCCUAUUCUGCCAUGAAUAAAUGCUCAUUUAGGGGAGUGACAAAGCUGGGAGUAGGUGCUGGUCACUUUAUACUUCCAACUUAUUCUUCUUCAAUGAAGCUUUAUGGAACACCAACCACACAUAAUGCUUGGUUGGUUUCAUAGUUAGAAAGCAAACAGAUUCUUAGGUUCAUCAAGGACCCGUGAUACUGAGGAACAGACUUGAUUUUCAAGCAGUAAGGAAUUGGACUGGUCUUCCAUCAGUUCAUGCUCAGCAAUGUAUAAGAGAUUUCAUGUUUGGUCAGUGCCUUGCCUGAACAACUACUUUUGAAACCAAAGAGAUAAUUGAACCCAAAGUAUGACCAUGCCCUUAAAAGCACAAUAUCAGAUACAAAGAGAACCUUAAUACUACAGGCUUCUGUGUUUGUAAGUUGAGGAUUAAACAGAUUGCUGCUUCUGUGUUCCUUAAUCCCAUUGCUGAAUAAGCAAGAGUGAUCAUACCAAAGUAUUAAGGCUCUUCAAGAUGCAGUUGUUGCCUUGUCCUACAACAUAUGCAAGCUACAAUUCAAAAGAGCCUCGAUUUUUGUAGUACUCAAGACCGGUUCCAUUGUUAAGGCUUUUGAACUACUCAGGACCAGCCCCAUUCUCAAGACUCUUGUAGUACCCAAGACCAGGUCUGUUCUCAAGACUCUUGUAGUACACAAGACCAGGUCUAUUCUCAAGACUCUUGUAGUACUCAAGACCAGGUCUAUUUUCAAGAGUCUUGUAGUACCCAAGACCAGGUCUGUUCUCAAGACUCUUGUAGUACCCAAGACCAGGUCUGUUCUCAAGACUCUUGUAGUACUCAAGACCAGGUCUCUUCUCAAGACUCUUGUAGUACUCAAGACCAGGUCUCUUCUCAAGACUCUUGUAGUACUCAAGACCAGGUCUAUUCUCAAGACUCUUGUAGUACCCAAGACCAGGUCUAUUCUCAAGACUCUUGUAGUACCCAAGACCAGGUCUGUUCUCAAGACUCUUGUAGUACCCAAGACCAGGUCUAUUCUCAAGACUCUUGUAGUACUCAAGACCAGGUCUCUUCUCAAGACUUUUGUAGUACUCAAGACCAGGUCUCUUCUCAAGACUCUUGUAGUACUCAAGACCAGGUCUCUUUUCAAGACUCUUGUAGUACUCAAGACUAAUGACUCAUGACCACAUCUUUUGUGCUAUUGCGCUUGGUCUUGUCCAAGACCACAAUAUACACUGAAGAGACAAUUCUCCGUCCCCCCCCAAAAAACUCUCUAAUAUCUUCAGAUCUUAGUUCACUUAUGAAGACAAGGUUCUUGUCUUUUUACCCUUUAAUAAGUAAGCACAUGGUCUUGCUAGGCCUCAUUACCUACUUGUAAUAGGUGGGCUUGACCCUAACCCCCCACCGUCCCGCAUCAUAAUGGAAAAGUUUCAUGUGAAAAAAAAUCUGAUCUUUUGAAUGUAUCGGAUAGCUACAAAAAACUAUUUUUAUACACAUAUUUUUGUAAUAGAGGAACAUUAUUUGUCUAAGAGCUACAUCUUUUUUUUCUAGUAUAACAGCGACUAAAGUGUAGAUAACCACUUCUUUCUUCUAUGCGAAAGGCUUCAUUACGAGCUCCGUUGAGAGGCCUUCCGUCGCGUUCCUCACUUGCAUUGUGCCUCUACGAUAAUUCAGAAUAAAAAAUAAACCAAGUGCCACUUAUUAGGUCACAUGUAGAGGGGAGGCCGCUUAGCUCUGUGUGUGACUUUGCUAUUAAGGAUAUGAAAGUAUGUGAUCUUGGAGGAUGAGUGCCGCCAUCUUGUCAAGCAGAAAAGAAAGGUCUUGACAGUGAAGUUAGAAGAAGGUUGGUGGCAUCAAGACUAAACAUUGAUGAACGGCGUCAACCAAUGGUGCAAAUGCCAAUGUGACCAUCAUAGUUGGUAUUAUCUGCCCUCACAGGUUCUAUUAUACCCGGCUCCGUAGGGUUGUACUAUAACUAUGGCCCACAAGUUGCUCUGCUCAACUACAGGUGAACUCAGUGAGAUGUACUUUUCCCAUCGCAUCUACCAAAUAGUGCAAAAUUCCAUCUAUAUUAUCACUUGUACAGAGGCACACGUGUGGCCCAAUUGGCCACUGAAAUCACUGACUGUAUUUGUUUAUUAUGGGCUAAAUGUGCCAAUGCCUUCCCACCCCAGCCUGGGCAGCCCUGCAUGGCUACAUGCAAAAUGCUAACUUGGACUUAUGUGAAUGCAUUGGGGCAGAUAGCAGCCGAGUGGGAAUGCUUGGGGGCAGACAGAAGCCGAGUGGGAAUGCAAUGGGGCAGAUAGAAACCGAGUGGGAAUGCAAUGGGGCAGAUAGAAACCGAGUGGGAAUGCAAUGGGGCAGAUAGAAGCCGAGUGGGAAUGCAAUGGGGCAGAUAGAAGCCGAGUGGGAAUGCAAUGGGGCAGAUAGGAGCCGAGUGGGAAUGCAAUGGGGCAGAUACAAGCCGAGUGGGAAUGCAAUGGGGCAGAUAGGAGCCGAGUGGGAAUGCAAUGGGGCAGAUAGAAGCCGAGUGGGAAUGCAAUGGGGCAGAUAGAAGACGAGUGGGAAUGCAUUGGGGCAGAUGGCAGCCGAGUGGGAAUGCAUUGGGGCAGAUAGAAGCCAAGUGGGAAUGCAUUGGGGCAGAUGGCAGCCGAGUGGGAAUGCAUUGGGGCAGAUGGCAGCCGAGUGGGAAUGCAAUGGGGCAGAUAGAAGCCGAGUGGGAAUGCAAUGGGGCAGAUGGCAGCCGAGUGGGAAUGCACUGGGGCAGAUAGAAGCCGAGUGGGAAUGCAAUGGGGCAGAUAGAAGCCGAGUGGGAAUGCAAUGGGGCAGAUGGCAGCCGAGUGGGAAUGCACUGGGGCAGAUGGCAGCCGAGUGGGAAUGCAUUGGGGCAGAUAGAAGCCGAGUGGGAAUGCAAUGGGGCAGAUGGCAGCCGAGUGGGAAUGCACUGGGGCAGAUGGCAGCCGAGUGGGAAUGCAUUGGGGCAGAUGGCAGCCGAGUGGGAAUGCAUUGGGGCAGAUGGCAGCCGAGUGGGAAUGCAUUGGGGCAGAUGGCAGCCGAGUGGGAAUGCAUUGGGGCAGAUGGCAAUGGAUAACGCUACAACCAGUGGCUGAUUUAAUGACACUGAAAGUUUACAGACUUUGUUGUAAGAACGACUGUGAGAUCAGGUUAAUAAAUAUGGUGUCUGUA